AUGAUCAUAUACUUGUUAGAUAUCUCAAUAGUUUUAAUGAGUAUUUUACAAGGCACAUCGUGUAUAAAUUGCUUUAAAUGUUCAUCUUUGAAUGGAAGUAAUGCAAAUUGUGAAGAUCCGUUUAACCCUGCAAUGUCUACAUACAUAGAAAAGUGUAUGGUUCCAAAAAGAGGUCAUGUAGGAAUGUUUCCAGCAAAUUUUUGUACUAAAAUCAUUGGGAGAAAUGUGUUAACCCAUGAAAUUAUGGUCAUCAGACAAUGUGCCAUGAAAACUAUGGACUCUCAGUGCGGUGAAUUCAAAUACCAAGAUCACACCAUGAACGGAUGUAUUCUCACCUGUGAUUUCGACGGGUGUAAUUCAGGACAAAAUAAUAAGCCUAAUACCGUGUUACAAAUUACGCUUUCUGCGUUGCUACUAGUACUAACAUCAUACUAUAUCAACAAAACUAUUGAAUGUUUUCAAAUUACUUAG